AGCCCGGCGGGACCUCCGCCGCGGAGGAGCGUCAGAAAAGCCUCCCGGCGCGGCGCGCGGCGGGGCGGGGCCUCUGUCGGACCUGUUGUGCGGCUCUCGGUGCGGAUCGUGCAGGUUUGUGUCUGCGGGUUACUGGAAGUUUCAUCGGGCCGGUUGGACUCCGGCGGACCGCAGAGCAGCCCGCGGAGCUCAGGAAACGUCCUCCUGAUGAAGAAGGUUCCUCCUCUUCCUCCUCACAUCACAGUUUCCUCAUCACAGACGCGGCAAGUUGCCUCAACAGGUAAAGAGGAGCUGCCAUGUUGGCCUCCUCCACCCCCCCGUUACUCCUCUUCCUCCUCCUCAUCCUCCCCCCUGCCUCCUACUCCGCUGAUGUCAUUGCGACCUCUGUGCGGUUGGUGGAGCUAAAUGUCGCCCCCCUCUCUCACCUGGUGCUGGACCCGGGGACGGGGCGUCUGUAUGUGGGUGGGGUCGACCACCUGUAUCAGCUGACCUCUGACCUGGAGGUGAUGUCACAUGUGAGGACCGGCCCUCAUCUGGACUCCCCGGACUGCCUCCCCCCGAUCGUCCCCCAGGACUGCCCCUCGGCCACGCCCACUCACAACCACAACAAACUGCUGCUGAUAGAGCCGGGGCAGGGGGCGGAGCCAGGGAGUCUGAUAGUCUGUGGUUCACUCUAUCAGGGGAUCUGUGACAAGAGGAGUCUGUCCAACAUCUCUCAGCUCAUCUAUCAGACGUCCAACCCCGUCGACACUCAGUACGUCGCUGCCAAUGACCCCCGAGUCUCCACCGUCGCCGUGGUGAUAACUACAGAGAACAAACAGGAGGGGGGCGAGGCUGGUGGCAUCCUGCGUUUGAUGCUAGUUGGUCGAGGCUACACCAGUAAAGGUCCCGGUGAUAUCCCACCAAUCACGACGCGGCGUCUGUUUCCGGUGGUCCCACCUCGCCGGGCGUUCUCUCAGGAGGAGGAGCUGGGGAAACUCGUCGUAGGAAGUUACUCCGAGUACAACAACCACUUUGUGAAGGCCAUCGCCCACGGCAACCACGUAUACUUCCUGUUCUCUCGACGGGACAUGUGGCACAAGAAGGAGUACCGAACCUACGCCUCCCGGCUCUGCACCUCCGACCGCAGCUUCUACUCGUACGUAGAGGUGCCGCUGCAGUGCCACGGCGGGUACAACCUAGCUCAGGGAGCGUGGUUAGGAAACCACUCAGGUGAACCCGCUCUGUUCGUUGUCAUGGCAGCGGGACAAGCAUCCACACCUGUAGCAACAGCUCGCUCAGCGCUGUGUGUUUAUGGGAUGGCAAAGCUGGACGCCAUGCUGCGGAAAGCACAGGAAGUGUGUUAUACAGAGGGAGGACGAGGCAGCAGCGGACAGGAAGAGGCCUACAUCGAAUACGCCGUGUCAUCAAAAUGUCUGAAACUACCCAAGGACUCUCUCUCAGAGUACCCCUGUGGGGGGGAACACACCCCGAACCCCAUCGCCAGCGCUGUGCCGCUCCCGGCCAGGCCCACCUUCACCUCCACCACCCAGCUGACUGCUGUCACCACGGCAACAGAGGCGGGACACACCAUCGCCUUCCUGGGAGACAGAGAGGGACAACUGCACAAGGUGUUGGUGCGCUCUGAUUGGUCAGGUGAUCUGUACGGCAGUCUGUUGGUGGACAGCGACAGUGCGGUCAGCGCUGACCUCCUAUUGGACGACAGCCAGCAGCACGUCUAUGUUUUAACCAACAGCAGGCUGUCGAAGGUUCCUGUGUCGUCAUGUGAGAGACAGACAGACUGUCAGUCCUGUCUCGCUGUCAGAGACCCGUACUGCGGCUGGUGUGUCCUGGAGGGACGAUGUUUCCGUAAACAUCAGUGUCAGCGCCACAUGCAGCCCAACCAUUGGCUCUGGAGCUUUGAACCGACCAAUCAGUGUGUGACAGUGCAGAGCCUGCAGCCGGCCAAUCAGAGCAAAGACGAGCAGACACAGGUAAUGCUGUCAGUCGUCCAGCUUCCUGCCCUCACUGAGGCGGAGUCUCUGUCCUGCGUCUUCGGGCUACUCCCACCUCAGCCUGCCAUCGUCACGGGAACCAGCAUCACCUGUCAAUCACCUGCGCCGGAGCUCCUCCCGCCCAUGCUAACAGGAAGUGAUCACAUGAUCGUGCCCGUGUCACUGAUGUUUGGUCAUGUGACCAUCACCACGGGCAACAUGACCUUCUACGACUGUGGAGCUGUGAGUCGACUGAACCAGAGCUCCCAGUGUCUGGCGUGUGUCAGCAGUGUGUGGAGGUGUAACUGGUGUCCUCUGGAUCAACUCUGCACUCACAACCACAGCUGUCCCAACCAACACAUCAUCCUCAACCAGAGAGAGUCUCCUGGUCCCACUUCCUGUCCUCUGGUCUUCGCCCUGCAGAGUUCUGCCUUAGUGCCGUUGGGCCUGAGCACCACUGUGGUGCUGCAGGGACGAAACCUGGACGUCUACACUAAUGAAGCUCAGUAUGUGUGUGUUGUAGAAAUUGAAGGAGUCCAGUUCAAUCUGACAGCUGCUGUAGAGAAAACACACGAGAACACACACACCUUCACCUGCAGCCCACAUCAGUUCCAGUAUGCUGUCAGUCAGCUUCAGUAUUUGGCUCCUGUCUAUCUGCGUAGAGGAGACAGACGCAUCGACGCCUCACCUGGCCUCCGACUCCAGCUGUAUGACUGCUCAGCCGGCCAAUCAGAUUGCUCACAGUGCAGGGCGGUGCCGGAGGAGUAUGGCUGCGUGUGGUGUCCAGGAAGCCCUGCCCCCAGCUGUGUAUACAACCAAUCCUGUACCAGUAUACCUGCAGACACCUGCCCACCUCCUCAGAUCUCACAGGUGCUACCUGUCUCUGGUCCUCUGGAGGGCGGAGUCCUGGUGACGAUCACAGGGUCAAAUCUGGGGAUGAGGUACCAGGAUGUGGUGGGCGGAGUAACAGUGGCAGGUGUUCAGUGUCAGCCUCAACCUGAAGGAUACCGGAUUUCCACCAGGGUUGUGUGUGAGCUGCAGCCCAGUGGGAAGCAGAGGGAGGGGCCUGUCCUGGUUACCGUGGGAACAACUCCACCUGGAAGGUCAACACAGAUCUUCACCUAUCAGGACCCGCAGCUCCUGAACCUGGUGCCUGAUAAAGGUCCAGUCUCUGGAGGAACCAGACUGACAAUCAGAGGACGGCAGCUGCUGACCGGACAAAAGUCUGACCUGAGCGCCUUCCUGGGCCCCCAGCCCUGCUACAUUGUGGAGGAGGUGAAUGACACCCAGUUGGUGUGUCAGACCGGUUCCAGUAAUCAGACUGGUGGAGUCACAGUUCAGGUUUUUUUUGGUAAAGCAGAGAGAACUGUUCCUAACGUUACUUUCCGUUACCUUGACAACCCUGUCAUCACUGACGCCACACCUGCAGAGAGCUUCUACGCAGGCGGCCGUGUCAUCAUGGUGACGGGCAGGAACCUGGACGUCGUGCAGCAGCCAAUCAUAGCGGUGUGGGUGGAGCCUCUGGAGGACCAGAGGGUGAAACGGAGAAGACGAUUGGCUCUUCUUACCGCCAAGCAGCAGCUGGUCUUCAACAGCACCAUGACAACGGUGUCGGAGCGCUGCUCUGUCCUGUCAUCCUCUCAGAUGACCUGUCCAACCCCCACAGUGACGCCAGAGGUCAAAGUGAAGGGUGUCUGGUUUCAGCUGGACAAUGUCAGAGUCCACUAUGAAAGCAUCAAGGGAAAAAGCUUCACUUAUUAUUCAAACCCGGAGAUUUUUCGUCUGAAUCGAGAAGCUCCACAUGCUCCGUAUCGCUUCAAGCCCGGAGGCGUGAUCGCUGUGGAGGGUCAGGACCUGACCAGAGCCAUAUCCAGACAGGAAGUGACGGCCUGGCUCGGAGAUCAGGAGUGUGAGGUUAAAACUCUGGACAACACUCACCUGUACUGUGAACCUCCAGAGAUCCAACCAAUGAGUGUGGACGACAGCAACGAGCUGCCCAGCCUCAAGGUGUUCAUGGGAAACCUGCAGAUGGACCUGGGACUGGUUCAGUACGACAGUGACUCUCUGCUGUCUCCUGUCCCAUUGGCAGCUCAGAUAGGUUUGGGGGUGGGAGCAGCUGUCAUCAUCCUGUCAGUGCUGGUCGUCAUCCUGAUGUACAGAAGGAAGAGUAAACAGGCUCUCAGAGAUUAUAAGAAGGUUUUGCUGCAGUUGGAAACUCUGGAGAUCAACGUGGGAGACCAGUGUCGCAAAGAGUUCACUGACCUGAUGACAGAGAUGAUGGACCUGAGCAGUGAUGUUGGAGGACCAGGACUCCCCCUGCUGGACUACAGGACGUAUGCAGAGAGAGUCUUCUUCCCUGGCCAGCAGGUGGUGCCGCUGAGCCGCCAGCUGGACCUGCCAGAGUCCCGGAGGCAGACUGUAGAGCAGGGCCUCCAGCAGCUCAACAACCUGCUCAACAACAGACUCUUCCUUACCAGGUUUAUCCACACUCUGGAGGCCCAGCAGGGUUUCUCUCAGAGAGACCGGGGUUACGUUGCCAGUCUGCUCACCAUGGCACUGCAUGAUAAACUGGAAUAUUUCACAGAGGUCAUGAAGAGUCUGCUGCAGGACCUGGUGCAGCAGUAUGUUGCCAAGAACCCCAAACUCAUGCUACGCCGGACGGAGACAGUCGUAGAGAAGAUGUUGACCAACUGGAUGUCGAUCUGCCUCUACUCCUUCCUCAAGGAGGUGGCAGGGGAGCCUCUCUACAUGCUCUACAGAGCCAUAAAGUAUCAGGUGGAUAAAGGGCCGGUCGAUGUUGUGACGGGAAAAGCCAAACGAACGCUGAAUGACAGCCACCUGCUGCGCGAGGAUAUUGACUACUGUACUAUGACUCUGACUGUGUUGGUGAAGAAUGGAGUCGAGGUUCAACCUUGUCCUGUUAAAGUGCUCGACACCGACACUAUCACACAGGUGAAGGAUAAGAUCCUGGAUCAGGUCUACAGAGGAGCUCCGUUCUCUCAGAGACCAGCAGCCGACAGUCUGGACCUGGAGUGGCGAUCAGGUCAGGCGGGUCACCUGACCCUGUCAGAUGAUGAUGUCACAGCGGUGGUUCAAGGUCGCUGGAAACGACUCAACACUCUGCAGCACUACAAGGUUCCAGACGGAGCAACAGUUGCUCUGAUUCCUCGUUCUCAGAGUUCAGGUGGAGUUGGAGUCAACCAGGUCUUCCAGACUGGAGAGAAAACGCCGAUGCUGGAGGGUGAGGAGGAGGAGGGUCUGCGUCUGUGGCACCUGGUGAAGAGCAGCGAAGAUCCUGAAAUCCCGAAACACAGAAAGAGCAGCAUGAGGGAGAGAGAGAGAGCCAAGGCCAUACCUGAGAUUUACCUGACCAGACUGCUGUCCAUGAAGGGGACGUUGCAGAAGUUUGUGGACGACGUCUUCGUGGCGAUCCUCAGUACGAAGCGUCCUCCUCCGAUUGCCGUCAGAUUCUUCUUCGACUUCCUGGACGACAUGGCAGAGAAACACGGCAUCGACGACCCCGAGACCGUCCACAUCUGGAAGACCAACAGUCUCCCUCUCAGGUUCUGGGUGAACAUCCUGAAGAAUCCUCAGUUUGUUUUGGACGUUCAGGUGACCGACAGCAUCGACGCCGUCCUGUCUGUCAUCGCUCAGACCUUCAUCGACUCCUGCACCACCUCCGAGCACAAAGUGGGACGGGACUCUCCUGUCAACAAGCUGCUGUACGCUAGAGAGAUCCCCCGAUACAAACAGCUGGUGGAGAGGUAUUACAGUGAUAUCCACAGCGCUGCGUCCGGCUGUUAUCAGGAGAUGAACUCCACGCUGACGGAGCUGUCCGGGAGUUUUGCCUCAGAGAUGAACAGUCUUGUUGCUCUUCAUGAACUCUACAAGUACAUCAACAAAUAUUAUGACCAGAUCAUCAUGUCUCUGGAGGAGGACAGUUCAGGUCAGAAGAUGCAGUUGGCCUAUCGGCUGCAGCAGGUCGCCGCUCUGGUGGAGAACAAGGUCACUGACCUGUGAUGACCUCUGACCCUGCGACUGAAGAAACGCAGAGCCACUCCUCCGCUAAGGAAGAGGAGGAUGUAGAAGCUGAAAGACUGAAACUCUGGAAAUCAUUGGAUUCCUGUCAACACUGUGUCUUCCUGCUGUGUGUGUGUGUGUGUGUGUGUGUGUGUGUGUUGGGGAUAUAUGAGGUUUUUAAAGUCAGACUCAGGAGAUCCCAGUUCUUUAGAUUCCUUCACUCCGCAGCAGCAUUCAACCUAAACUUAAACUGACCCGAAUCCAAACCUAAUCCAAACCUAAACCCGGCGUGAGACCAACCAGAAAACGACAAUCUAACCAAUCAGAUCAGGGAACAUCAUCAUCACCUGCUGCCUUGCACUACAUUUCCCAGAGUUCCCGGCUGCUCUGCUGUCUGUGUGGAGUCAGAAAGCACAAUUUUGAUAGUUUCUCUUCUGAUCACAUGUAUUGAUUAUUGACUUGCUGAUCUCAGACAUGCUGGAUGUUUUUUAUCGACAGUAUUGCUGACAAUAUUUUUGCCUUUACUACUGAAACCAGCACAACUCUGCAUGUCAGGAGCUUUAAAGGUCCCAACAUUUAGUGAAGUGGGAGUUUUACUGAACGCAAUAACAGAAUCAGGGAGGGUUUUUUAUGAUCACAUUUUCAGUGUGAUACCAGCUUCUGCUUCUUUCUUAAUAACAGACUAAAUCUUCUACCCAGAGCUCUUCAGGUAAACUCGACCCCUGACAACCUCAGGAUCCGACCCGACCCUGGUUCCCAGUCCUUCCAGUCUUCCUCAGUUCCAGGUCGAGUCCAGAAUGACUCACUAGGUUUCUCCGGUUCGUAUAAAUUCCAGUGUAAAUUUAUUCGACAAGUGCUGAAUAUUUAUUUUUCAGCCGGUCACGCUGCAGAUCAGUGGUUUGGAGGAAGGAUGAGGGAACGUGGCCCGGUGACACUUGUUACUAUAGAGACCGUAGCGCUACCUUAGUGCCAUCGAGGUUACCUCUGUCUUCUGACUUCAUGACGAUGAUGAAAGUGUUUUUCAAAGAUGGAAAAUUAAGUAAUUGUUACAAGUGUAGAUAAGAUAGGAUCUUAAGAUGGUGUUUGAAUUGGACCAUGUUCAGAAGCGGUCUAAUUGGUUUCUAGUAGCCAAAACCAAACCACAGACCCUUGCCUAGUGCCACUCGGUUUUUUUUUAAUGGACCAGCUGGUCUCAGGUUCAGGUAACAUAAGGUAGGAUCCUUUUUGAAUCUGGUACGUUUUAUAGAGUUAUGAAGACUUCUACUCUCAAUCACAGCGCAGUCCGGCCAACAAACAGACCAAUCAGAGCCAGACUCGAACGAUUCAUCACAAUCAGUGGAUUCAUCUGGUCAAUGUGAACAAAACUUAAUGAUCAAGGUCAAGGUUUGUGACCUUUACAAGGUCACAUUUUAUUUAUGUGACCAGGUCCUGACACAAAGAAACAUACUAACCAUUAACUAACACGUUGAAAACAGAAGGAUGAGCGGAAACUAGAAUCACACUGAAGAUAAAGUUGAACUGAAACAUUAAAGUUGAACCUGCUGAAUGAACAAAGAACAAAGAGCUGGUCGAUGAGAAAAACAAUCUGAAAUCGGGGGGGGGGGGGUUAAACUGUGUUUGUGUGUGUUUGUGUGUUAGCUAUUAUAUGUGUACAUACUGUAAGUCCUAUUUAUACCUAUUUAUCCCAGCUGUGCCUUCACUCUUGCAGCUAGGUGGCACUGUCUGUCCUGACAGCAGCCUUAUUGAUCAUGUGUCCCAGUGCAUCAUGGGAAGAUAAAUUAAUUUUAAUGCUGAACUCUUAUUGAACCAGGGAGGGAAAACAGCAGCGACUUACACAAACCCUCCCAGCUUGAGUAUCACUGGAUAUUUGCUAUAACAGCUAGCACAACAUUUGCUAUAUUGCAGAGCACCUAGCAUAACAUUAUGCUAGGUGCUCUUAACUAGCUGUUUGUUGCUGGUAUAAUAUAUAUAUCUGAAAUUGUACAGUUAGUAUAACACCUGGUGUGUUUGAAACUAGCUGUCUGUGGUUAGUAUAUCGUCUCAUAUCUACAACAACUAGCAGUCCAAAUAUGCUAGCUCUUUGUUUAAGCUUGUAUAAACAGUGUUAUGCUAACUAAAAAUAGCGAUGAUUGUUGUCUUCAGGAGGAUGAAACUGUAAUAUCACUCAACAAACAGUUACAACCAGCAAGCACGUUUGGUGCAACAUAUAGCGUCACAUCAACGCCAACAGUGUGUGUUGCCCUUUAUGAUGCUGUUUUUAGCUAGCUGAUGCUACAAUAGCAACACAGCUUUGGCUACCAACAGCUAGCAUAUCCCUGACUUUUAGUUACUUAUCCUUAGUUGAUGUAACAUUUGCAAAGCUACACAUUAUUGUUUAGCUCUGAUAUCAAUCAGCUGUACUGUCACACAGGCUGAAUCCAAAUAUCCGAACUUCCCUGCACUCGGACUCUAUUUCUACGUAAAGCAGCAAAUAACUGUCAGUAUGAAGAAACUGUUCAGACAAAAACCCUGAGGUUACAGGGUCAAUAACCUGGAAACAAGUCAGGUCUAAAGUCUCCGUGCAGUUCAUGUCCUCGCGGCCUCAGAGUUGAAGACUCAGUCUGCAGGUCCAGAGGUGGAAGGUUUGGAUCCAGUCUGGAGAUUAUUAGUUCAGUUUGUUGUUUUAGCUGUCGGUGUGUUUUCUCUGUGUGGCGUUGUCACAAAGUGAAGAUUCAGCUGGUGUGGACGACCUGUCACAGUUUUAUUUAGUCUUCGUGUGCAACUCUGCUGUCCGCCACAGCGGACAGGACGCUUCCUGGACUCGUGCUGUAGGUGUUUCACUGGAAAUGGACUCAAACUGAGACUGAACCCAUCGGGCAAUAAAUCAACAGUCUGUCGGUCAGCACUCGUGUCUGCUGCUGAACCGAAACAGGAAAUUGACAGAUUUAGUUAUAAAAUGAGAAGUUUGUUGAAUGACUGAUCGCAGCUUCUGUACUUUUCUUCUUCUUCUAAUAUUUCUGGUGAUUAUUGCUGUUUAAUCUGAAUGUCUCUCCUCUGUGUUUUUGCCUUGCAAGUUUUUUGAGCCUGUGUUUGACCCGUAGUUGUAGUUCUCUGAUCAGAUUAGACUUCUGCAUGCGUGUGAUGAUGAUGAUGAUGAAGAUAUACGGUGCUUCUAAAAGCUUUUUUUUUUUUUAAAUAAAGACAAGAGGCGGAGCUCCAGCCCUGUCACUGAUGAUGUGUGUAAAUGGAGGACGUCCCGGUCUCUGUACAGUUUUCUAAUCUUCUGGGACACGAUGAGGCAGAUCCUCAGCUCUGAUUGGUCGAGCUCUGUUUGUUACUGAAACGUUUUUUCUACAAGGGAAUAAAAACUUUAAAGGGUUUGUAUAAAAUAAAUCCAGGAUCAGUUGUAAUGAAGCACAGACUGCUUUCCUACUGACUGUGUACAGUUUGCUAACAGUGUGUAAAUGUGCCUGUAAAUACCUGUCUGAGGAUGAGGAUGAGGAUGAAGACGAGUCAGUCUGCAAUGGAAAUGUUUUUAUUGUGAAGAGGCAGGAGGCCAAACACAAUUUGUAUCAUGUAAAAAUAAAGUUAUAAUUUUAACAGUU